AGCUGCUUACUGCAUCGCGGGGGAGGAAGUAUAGACCAGGAAAAAGCAAAAAGGGGAGGAAAAAGAGGACGGGAAAGAAGAAAAGGCAACCCGAGAGCUCUUUAUAUCACACCACACGUUCGUGCUGGGAUACAGUGGGGGAACACCGGGCGGACCGGUGAGAGAGGACGCGCGCGCUCUGCAGGAUCCCCACCGAGUGUAUCUCCACCUUUUUUAUGGAUGGAUCUAACCUACAAGUUCUCGAGUUCAAGUAAACAGGACGUCAAGCUUAACAUCGCGAACUGAGCGCCGCAAACUUUUGCGACACAUUUGAGACAUUUUAAAGUGAAGUAAAAAUGGAUACAGAGAACGCAUACAGAGAGAGAACUACUCUGGCCCGUGGUGCUCGAGACAUUGCCAAAGAAGCCAAGCGUCACGCUGUCAAAAAAGUCAACAAAGCCAUAGACCGCGCAUCAGACGAGUACUUGGGUCGCACGUACCACCGUUUUGAAAAUGACGAGGAUGAUGAAGGCGGAGACGAUGACCGUUUAUACUACCAGGACGGUCAGGCGCAGCAACACGAGGACGACGAAGGAUCCAGCGAUGCCACCGAAGGCCAUGACGAUGAAGACGAGAUCUACGAGGGAGAGUACCAGGGCGUGCCCGGAGCAGGGGACGGACAGGUAGCACUCGGUCGGCCGGUUACAGACGGAAUGAAGGACAGGAAACAGCUGGAGAAAGAGCGAGAGGCUGAGGAGGAGGAGCUAGCACAGCAGUACGAGCUGAUCAUCCAAGAGUGUGGACAUGGACGAUUCCAGUGGCAGCUCUUCUUCGUGCUGGGGUUGGCGCUCAUGUCCGACGGAGUGGAGGUGUUCGUUGUUGGGUUUGUGUUGCCUAGUGCCGAGACGGACAUGUGUGUGCCCAACUCUGGGGCAGGAUGGCUGGGUAGUAUUGUGUACCUGGGGAUGAUGGUGGGAGCAUUUUUCUGGGGCGGUUUGUCAGAUAAAGUGGGCCGGAGGCAGUGUUUGUUGGUGUGUAUGUCCGUGAACGGAUUCUUCGCCUUCUUGUCCUCGUUCGUGCAGGGCUACAGCACGUUCCUGUUCUGCAGGAUGCUCUCGGGAUUUGGGAUCGGCGGGGCCGUGCCUAUUGUGUUCUCGUACUUCGCCGAGUUCCUGGCGAGGGAGAAGCGCGGUGAGCACCUGAGCUGGCUCUGCAUGUUCUGGAUGAUAGGUGGCAUCUAUGCUUCAGCUAUGGCCUGGGCCAUCAUCCCACACUACGGCUGGAGCUUCAGCAUGGGCUCAGCGUAUCAGUUCCACAGCUGGAGAGUAUUUGUGGUUGUCUGCGCUCUCCCGUGCGUCUGCGCCGUCGUCUCACUUACCUUCACGCCAGAAAGUCCACGCUUCUUGCUGGAGACGGGGAAACACGAUGAGGCUUGGAUGGUGUUGAAACAGAUCCAUGACACCAACAUGCGUGCUCGAGGAGAGCCAGAGAAAGUUUUUACUGUGAACCGUAUAAAAAUCCCUAAGCAGUUGGACGAGUUUGUUGAGAUGCAGUCCGAGUCGGCGAACCCUGUGGCUAAAGUCCUCUUCCGAAUCAGGAGUGAAUUCCGCGGAAUUUGGCUAACAUUCCUAAAGUGUUGGGAUUACCCUGUGAAAGACAACACUGUGAAGCUGGCUAUAGUGUGGUUCUCUCUGUCCUUUGGAUACUACGGUCUUUCGGUGUGGUUUCCUGACGUCAUAAAGCACCUUCAAGCGGACGAAUACGCAGCGAGAGUGAAAACCCACAACAACGAACGCAUCGAAGAUUUUACUUUUAACUUCACUCUAGAGAACCAGGUGCACUCCAACGGGUCCUUCAUCAACGACAGGUUCAUCGGGAUGAAAUUUAAAUCGGUCACUUUUAAAGAUUCCCUCUUCCAGAACUGCUUCUUUGAGGAUGUCACCUCGCUCGGGACUUACUUCAAGAACUGCACCAUCCUGGACACGUUCUUCUACAAUACAGAUAUCGAUGACUCAAAAUUUAUCGACUCGACGGUGAUCAACAGCACGUUUGCUCACAAUAAGACGGGCUGCCAGGUCACAUUCGAUGACGAUUACAGCGCGUACUGGGUGUACUUCAUCAACUUUCUAGGGACUCUGGCUGUGUUGCCAGGCAACAUAGUCUCUGCCCUCCUGAUGGACAAAGUCGGACGGUUGAGCAUGUUGGGAGGCUCGAUGGUUCUGUCUGGUAUUAGUUGUUUCUUCCUGUGGUUCGGCACCAGCGAGUCAAUGAUGAUCGCCAUGCUCUGCCUCUACAACGGCCUCAGCAUAUCCGCCUGGAACUCUCUGGAUGUAGUCACAGCCGAGCUGUAUCCCACUGACCGGAGGGGUACUGGAUUCGGAUUCUGUAACGCUAUGUGUAAACUAGCAGCCGUGUUGGGGAACCUGAUCUUUGGCUCAUUGGUGGGCAUCACUAAAGCCAUUCCCAUCCUCUUGGCAUCGGCAGUGCUGGUGGGCGGCGGCCUGGUAGGACUCCGACUCCCAGACACGCGUGCCAACGUCCUCAUGUGACCCCCGACCUCUGAUCACUCCCCUCCAACCAGAGAGUUGCCACGGAAACAAGAAGGACACUCCGGGUGGGGACAGCUGCCACAGGCUACAACAUCGUCUGAUUAUUUAUUGAGUCGUAUGCACAGUGUUAGAUAUUUAUUGAUUUAAAGCUGUAGUAUGUAACAUUCGAUAAGAGUUGUGGAUUUGGAGACCUCUCUGGUGCAAAUAUUUUGUCUAGUGUUCUAACGAUUCUAGGGAAAUUCGGGUUUCACAAAAGCGUCAACGAUAUCAGCUCGACCUCCUUUAGUGCCUAAUAUAUUGGCGUCAAUCUGCGAUGAUGUAUAAAUCUAAAAAAAACCAUAAAUAAACCUCAAAACUGACCCGACAGCUCAGACUUUCCAAAAUUGUAAGAUUUUAUUGUCUUUUUUCUUACUACUCAGUAAAUCUACCAUCUUUUUAUUUUGAGAAAAAGUUACUUACUGCAGCUUUAAUCUAUAGUCAUAUUUAUUGAUAUUUAUUGACAUUAAAGUCCUGUGUUACAAAAAAAUAACCCUAAUCUUGACCAAAUACUGCAAAACAAAUGCCUUAGCUGAACUAUCAUAAAUGGACCAGUGCCAAACCUAGAAGCUAAGUCAUCAGAUGAAAUUGUUAUUAUUAUUUAUUUUAGAAUUAUUAAUUUAUGGUGGACGAUGUUUAAGCCUUCGCACCCGAGUCGAACGAGGCCAUAAAAAAACAACAGCAGUUACUCCUGCUAGGAACAGAGAAGAACUUUUUGUGACAAUUUUAAAGCAGCGAUAAGGCUUUAGUCUUUGUUAUUGUCUUUGUGAAUCUUGUGGCUUAUUUGCAAGGGCUUUGCUUUGUAGCACUUGUAGGUUUUUUUUUUUCACUUGUAUCCGUCUGUCUUCCUGUCUCCUUGUUUGUUUUCUCCUUGACCCCGGGUCUGCAUGUAUGUCUGAGCGUGUGUACGUGUGUGACGGCCCUUGCUCAAGCUGCUACGCCGUAGUGUAGUGUUUUUCUCUCUCAUGCUGCUGUGCGUUCGGUCUCCUCUAAUCACGGAAUGGCCUUUCUUUCUCUUGACACCGUGCCUCGCCUCUGUCUGCUAACUUUGCAUCUGUGAAGUCUCUGUAUGCCUGCUGCACGUCAGUGUUUCAUCCCACUCUGUGUGUUUGUGUGUGUGGGUGUCGGUGUGUGUGUGGGUGUGUAUGAAUCUCCUGCCUGCAAGGAUCUGAACUACAAUGGAACUGUAAUUAGAUGUGUUUCUUGAUUGAUGGGUCAUGUGAUCAGAAAGACUUUGUGCAGUGUAUGUGGUGUGUGUGUGUGUGUGUGUGUGUGUGUAAACCAACGUCAGCAAUGUGUCGCUAAUUUCACGUUAGCAGAAUAUUUGUAGGAUUUUAAUAAGAAUAAUGAUGACGACGCAUUCUCUGCCACAAGAACCAUUUUCUGCACCGUAGUUUCAGGAACCUUUUACAUUAUCUGUGUCGCAGGAUUUAUCAGGAUUGAGAUCGACUCGCUGAUUGCAACUGACGUCGCGUUAAAACUGACCCGACAGUUCAGACCUACCCAAACUGUAUACUUUGAGUUUCUUUUCCCUUCUGACUCAAUAACGCUGAGUAAAAUGUUACUUACUGCAGCUUUAAUUCGAAAGCAUCGAUAUGUAUUGAAGCUAAAAUCCUGCAAAAAAAAACCCACCUUAGCUGAACAACCCUAAAUCAAACAGUGUCCAAUGCAGACGCGAUGUCAUCAGCUGGCCAUCACCCUCUAACUUGAGCCGUAUGUUCGAACGCCACACUUAGCUCUAUCUUGUAUAGUAAACAACCAACACACCUGCGCACCCCUGACAUGACCGGACCCGGGUUUCACUCCUACACCCGGCUGCUAUUGUGUUUGCAUCAAACGUGAACCUUUUCAUGGGAACUUUCUUUUUCAUGACUUUUUCAUGUGCCAUACAAAACAAGACAGGGUUGUUUUUUUUUUUUAUUACAUUGAUGAGUGAAUAUUAGAUAUAAAUCUAUUGUAUAUAGUGGCUGUGUUGUUGUUUUUUUCUUGUGUUAUUCACUUUUCAUUUUUGGAUCGCAGUGGAUAAAAGACUCCCCUCUGGUGGUGAUCGAAACUUCCUGUAAACGUGGUUUUUGUUUGUUUGUUUGUUUCAUUUCUAUAGCACAAAUGAGUGACCUAGAGAUAUACGCAGGUGUUAUAUUAAUAUUCUGACCAAAAAAAAAAAAACGUGUGAGUGAGAGCGAGAGAGAGAGAGAGAGAGAGAGAGAGAGAGAGAGAGAGAGCGAGGGAUAGAGAGAGAAAGAUAGAGACAGCUAGACAGAGAGAGAGAAACCUAGAGAGAGAGAGAUAGACAGAGAGAGAGAAAGAGAGAGAGACAGAUAGACAGAGAGCGAGAUAGACAGAGAGAGAGAGAGAGACAGAGAGAGAGAGAGAGAGACAGAGAGAGAGAGACCUAGAGAGAUAGAGAUAGACAGAGAUAGAGAUAGACAGAGAGAGAGAGACAGAGGGAGAGAAAGAGAGAGAUAGACAGAGAAAGAGAGACAGAGAGAGAGAGAUAGACAGAGAGAGAGAUAGACAGAGAGAGAGAGACCUAGAGAGAUAGAGGGAGACAGAUAGAGAGAGAGAGAGAGAGAGAGAGAGAGAGAGAGAGAGAGAGAGAGAGAGAGAGACAGAGAGAGAGAGACAGAGAGAGAGACAGAGAGAGAGAAAGAGAGAUAGACAGAGAGAGAUAGACAGAGAGAGAGACAGAGAGAGAGAGAGAGAUAGACAGAGAGAAAGAGAUAGACAGAGAGAGAUAGACAGAGAGAGAGAGAGACAGAGAGCAAGAGAGACAGAGAGAGAAAGAGAGAUAGAGAGAGAUAGAGAGAGAUAGACAGAGAGAGAGUUAGACAGAGAGAGAGACAGAGAGAGAUAGACAGAGAGAAAGAGAUAGACAGAGAGAGAGAUAGACAGAGAGAGAGAUAGACAGAGAGAGAGAGACCUAGAGAGAUAGAGGGAGACAGAUAGAGAGAGAGAGAGAGAGAGAGAGAGAGAGAGAGAGAGAGAGAGAGAGAGAGAUAGACACAUAGAGAGAUAGACAGAGAGAGAAAGAGAGAGACAGAUAGACAGAGAGAGAGAGAGACCUAGAGAGAUAGAGAUAGACAGAGAGAGACAGAUAGACAGAGAGAGAGAUAGACGGAGAGAUAGACAGAGAGAGAUAGACAGAGACGGAUAGACAGAGAGAGAGACGGAGAGAGAGACGGAUAGACAGAGAGAUAGACAGAGAGAUAGACAGAGAGAGAGUUUUCUACCAGGUGGUUUGUUUGACCUGCGUUAAAACGGCUCUCUGCUGCCGGUGUGUUAAUUGUAGGUCACCACAUGAGGGGAGACUGAAACAGUUGUGAUUCAUUCAUGUGGCAGCUCAACACAACCCAUCCACCUGCAUCCUUUUUCUUCUGCACCUCCAACACAGUUCUCAAACUAAUAAUAAUAAUAACAAUAAGAACUCUAAUGUCAUCUUUACACCGGCUUGUGCAUGCGUGUGAUGGAGAUUUAUUUGUGUUUCGGCUUAACGUGUCUCGUGUUCUCCUGAUACGGAGCAAAAAAAAAAGAAAAAAAUGAAGAUGAAGAGUACGAUGUCGGUGAUUUGUUGUGUAUGAUGUCUGAUGAAUGAUGUGACUGAGUCCCUCAAGAUGUUGUGACUCAGCUUCUAUAGAGUUUAUUAAAUGUCUGUAAAGUCUUUCAGCCAAAUAUUUCUUUAUUAAGAUUUAUUCUGAAGAGAAAUAACAAGUGGUGUGAACUGUCGAGUGGAUUCGGUUUUGGAUCCGGAUGUAAUGAAAUUAAAAGUCUAUACGAACAAA